GAGUUCAUUAAUCACCUGUUGCUGAGGUCGCGCUUUUUAGUAGAAGACACGGUUGAUGGUUUCUGCGUGAUAUACAUUAACAAAGAUAUCAAAUAAUGGAAUGCUUUGAAAUAGGGGCUUUAUGGGUAAUGGUCACUAUAAUAUGCAUUCAUGCUGAUACCUCUGAAGAUGGAAUCCAAGCUGAAUGUCUUGGGAAUAGAGUACAGUUUAUCCUCCCCGGUUCUUUGAGUGCAGGGAAUCCUUUAGAGGUGUAUGCAGUCAAUAACACGCAUACAGUCCUUCUCUCACCUCAUCUGGCGGCUCAGUGUGGCUAUAAACAGAAAUCUGAUCCUUGGGGGAAUAUGAUAGUCUCAGCUUCCCUACAGAGUUGUUUUGCAGAGAACCAGGGUGACAAGGAGUUUAAAGUAGCCGUGCAGUUUAAACUGUAUGAAAUCCCCACGCUAUCUGAGAAAGUCCAUGAAGUGUUCAAGUCCUGCAGUCACACCAUGAUUUCACGAGAGAUUUUGUGUGAGACGAACUUCAUGGAGGUAUCCGUAAGGAAUGCGUUACCAGAAAUCAAGAUUGAACCAGUAAAAGAGUGGCCCACAGUUAUACCUAACUUGCAACUUUGGAAAAUCCUACUGUACACCCCUGGAGAGAAGGCGUUUGAUAAAGACGCCCUACAAGCGAUGGGCUACAGUGUUUACAGUUCUCCUACACGACUGGUCAUGCGAAGCCCAUUUGACAUGGCUGAAAACUUUAUCCAAAAUGUUGACAAUGUUGAUAUGAUGGUGUUCAAAUCAGUGGUCCUGUUCCGAGACCGCUGGGUCAUGACUAUUGUGGAGUCGGCAGCUGCCUGUCCAAUCAAUGGAGCUUCUGUUGUGGGUCAGAUGAUUUAUUGGCACGUUCCUCUGCGCAUAACCCCUUUGGUGUCAUCGGAAGUUGAAAUCCUGGAGGUGCACUUGGGUGUUAAUGGCAGAAGGUUCACACCUGAAGAGAUGGGCAGCCAUAACUAUGUCAUGGCCAUCACAGAUUCCCAUAUCGUUGUUGAGAUUCCCAUUGGGGCUGCUGAUGGAUACUACAAGAGUCAUGUUCUUAAUGACCAACAAUUGUCUGUUCAGUUGGCUGGAAUCAUGGGAAGACUUGACGUGGAAAUUUAUGAUUCCUUGAAUAACUGGAGUAUCAGAGAGUUCUCUCUUGCCUGCCCCUUUUUUGUAAAAUUGUCAGAGUGUUUUUCUAAUGGAACGAUUACGGUGGUACUUCCCAAACUGGAAUCGGUACCACAUCUUCAUCCCGGUGAACUCUCUCUAAGAGACCCGGCAUGCAAACCCUACGACAAUGAAGACUACUUUGCUUAUUUCCACUUUAAUGUCACCAGUUGUGGAACCACACGAAAGUUUGUUGGGGAUACCAUGGUAUACGAAAAUGAAGUCACCAGGAAGAAAGCUGAACCUUUGUCACAGACCUUCGAAAACCCUGAGCCAGAAUACAGGUUCAUGGUGUCCUGUGUUUAUAUUGCAAACGCCACCCAAAGCAUGAACUUCGAGACGGUUUCGCACUUUAAGGAGCCGUAUGCAGAUGUUGGGAAGGGUGAACUCACCAUUAGCCUGAGGCUUUCUAAGGAUAUGGUUUACCGACUCUUCUAUCAUGAUGGUGACUACCCAGUUUUAAAGUUUCUGAAACAGCCCCUCUAUUUUGAGGUGGGUAUGAAUCACUCCAGUGACUCCAGGUUAGCAGUAGCCCUGGAAAACUGUUGGGCGACACUCACCGAGGACAAAGAAUCCAAACCUAGAUGGGAUUUAAUAGUUGAUGGAUGUGCCAAUCCUAAAGAUCCUGAACAGACCAUCAUCCGUCCUGUAGUCGCAGAUGAGAGAGUGAACAUCCCAGAUCACUUCAAAAGAUUUGAGGUUAAAACAUUUACUUUCACAGAGGAUUAUGAGAGUUCUAAUAGUGAGAAUGCCACAUUGGCCAGAAGGGUAUUCGUUCAUUGUGACGUCAUUAUUUGUCAUGCCAAGAACACUGCUGAUGGGCGUUGUUACAAACAGUGUGAGGCGGCUCAGAAUCUGAUUGGUAGCAGCUCAAGUCGAGUUCGCAGAAGUACAAGCUUUUCAGAUGAAGCUCUGCAGCAUGUGUCUAUAGGCCCCAUUCUGUUGAUGUAAACCUGUAAGUUUUACAUUUUCAAAUUAUCACAGGAAAUGAACUUUACUAAUUCUGAAGGCAUCAACACAAGGAGAUUUCUGGUUUUGUACACAUGGUGCAACAUGAAACUCAAAUUGUCAUAUAGCUGAUGCAGAUGAUGAUGUGAAUCUGUGGACAUUGAUUUAAUAAAACCUACCCUGUGAAACUUCCAAAAUCAUUACACAACUGACACUCUCCCAUUGCAAUUACUUAAUGUAGAUGAUUUGAUUGUCUCAAGCUUAAUAAAGCGUUUUAACCCAA